UGUCCUUGGGCCUGGGCUCUUGUGCGGCUGCAGUAGCGGCUCCUGCAGGCAGGCAGGGAAGGUCUUUCUGCGGGGCCUGGCGCCAUGGAGUUGUGGAUCCGGCUGCCGGACGAGGCGCGGUCGCUGGAGCCCCCGCCGCUAUUGAACUAUGGCUCGGUCUGGACGGCCUUCAUGGGCUGGUGUGGCGCCCUGAUCGACAACGGCAUCAACAGGAGGCCUAUCAUAGCAUCGGGUGUCCAUCGCCAGCUACUGUGGGCUACUGUGGGCUUUUACGCUGGCUAUUACCUGGUUAAACGAGCCAAUUACCGAUAUGCUGUGAGGGACAGAGACAUUUCGGAGUACAUAAGGCACCAUCCCGAGGACUUUAUUCCAAAAGAUAAGAAAACCAUGGCAGAAGUUCUGGAGAACUUCCAUCCCAUUCGCUGAAGACUUUGCAAGCGGCUACCAUCUCGUUUGGUGGUGUGUGUGUGUGUGUGUGUGUGUGUAUGUAUGUAUGUAUGUGUGUGUCACGUCCAAGAAAAACUCUUGUAUGUGGGAUUUGUCAGUGGUUGGGAUGGAAUACCCAAUUUAAACAUGUGGACUGCAAUCUUAUCAUUAAAGCUAUGAAUAUGUA